AUGAAGGAUUACCUGGUGUACAUGUCACAGGCCCAUUUGGGGUUCCGCCAGGCAGAGCUCGAGUCUCUUGCAAGCAUCCACGGGUUCCAAGUUGACUUGUCCAAAAUGAGCGACGAGUCGCCGUUUUUCGUGGUUCAGCUGGAAGAUGACCGUCAGGCUGCUCAGUUGAUUCGCAGAUCGGUUCUUUCCAAAGCGAUCUACGAGCUCUGGGGACAGGGAACUACUCUUGAAGAUCUACACAAGGACGUCCAAGCUCGGUCGACUGAGUUGGCCCCGCUGUACAAACAAUCUUCGUUCAAGUUCGACAUUGUCUCUUACCAAGGAAGCAGGAAGACCAGAGCCCAACAAUUGGCGCUGUUCGAAUCGUUUUCGUAUCUCGCGUUCGAGGGGAAGAUUCAGAUGAAGAAACCAGACCAGACCUUUGCUAUCUUGGAGUCGUACCAAAUUAUCGGCCAGGCUCCUGCUCCCAGCCCUGACCAACUUUAUUUCGGGCGCCAAAUCGAGACGUCUGAGCGGUCGCGCGGGGUUCUUGAGCGACACGAGAUCGCCAAACGGCCAUACUACGGCACAACCACCUUCGACGCCGAGCUGGCAUUGGUCAGUUGCAAUCUUGCCAAAACGGCACCAGGCCAUCUAAUUUACGACCCCUUCGUCGGCACCGGGUCGUUUGCACUGGCAGCAGCACACUACGGGUCUCUCACAUACGGCACAGACAUAGACUUCCGCGCGCUAAAGGGAAAAGGUCCUGAUCGUCGUCUGGCUACCAAUUUCAAGAAAUACGGAACAUCCAAUCUGUUUGGAGACGUUUUGUGCAUGGAUUUCACACAUAACGCGUUCAGAUCGGAUCUGAAGUUCGACGCGAUUGUGUGCGACCCACCAUAUGGAGUCAGAGAAGGUCUCAAGGUGUGCGGAACAGACAGAGAGGAGAGAUUCGAAGGUAAAGAAAAUGUGAUUAUAAAUGGAGAAUACGCGUACUUGAGACGAGACUUUAUCCAGCCCAAGAAAAACUACUCGUUGGACCUGUUGCUCGACGAUCUGUUGCAGUUCGCAUCGGAAAGACUGCCUGUUGGAGGCCGACUUUGUUUCUGGAUGCCCGUGGCCAACGACCAGUACAUCCCUACACUGGUUCCGCAACAUGAAAAACUCGAGCUCAUCUACAACCUGGUGCAAGAGUUCAACAAAUGGUCCAGACGGCUGCUGGUGUACGUGAAAAGAGACGCAAACUACAAAGGAGCAACUAUUACUUCGCAAGAACGUGGGUUGCAAAACGAUUUCCACCUUGAAUCCUCUAGAUCUUCUUCUACCUCUAGCUCUCUCGAACUUUCUGCCCUUGGACAUGAUUCUUGGAGCCUUACCCUUGUGUGGGCCGAAGCCGAAGUGUCUGACAGCCUCUCUGGCGCUUCUUGGACCUCUGACAGUCAAGGUGUUGGAACCAGUUGGAGCUCUAAGAGCCAAUUGGUCGAGGGUGAUGGCCUCACCACCGUUCUUCAGGAUGGUCUCCUUGGCACCGCUGGUGAAUCUCAGAGCAGCAACAGUGGCCUUUGGGAACUUGAGGAGUCUGACAUCGUCAGUGACAGUUCCAACAACGACAACAGUCUUGUCAGCAGAACCUGGUUGAGACAAAGCCUUGGCGAUUCUGGAGACGGAAACUGGUGGUCUGUUGAUCUUGGAAAGGAACAAAGACUUGAGGACGAGCUUGUUGAAUGGAGCAUCAACGAAACAAACCCGCGCGGAAUCCCGCAGGCAAAGUUCAUCGAGAAGAUCGAGGACUUCAUCGACGCAAAAACGUGCACGGACGACGACGUUUCGUUGUUCUUGAAGGAAUUGCAGGUCAGACUUCAACAGUACAAGUUUUUGGAAGAAAACAAACGCAACACGCUCGGAAAUCUCGAUGUGAAGAUCCCAGACAUUCAAAAGACGCUGGAUAUGUGUCGGUUUUUCAAAGAACGGAAACAACAACUUGACCAAGGCGACGAUGUUGAAGAGACCGUUGACGUGAACUACGAGCUAAACGACACAGUGUAUUCCACUGCAGAGAUCGAUAUCAAGAACUUGGACCACGUGAGUCUGUGGCUCGGAGCAGAUAUCAUGAUGGAUUAUCCUAUUGAUGAAGCUAUCGAGAUGCUAGAAAAACGGUUGGCAGGCGCGUUGGAAAAUAAAGCCAUCACCAUCGAAGACUUGGAGUAUCUGCGGUCAAAUAUAACCACCAUGGAGGUCAACACAGCGCGUGUUUACAAUUGGGAUGUGCAGCGUCGCAAGGCGUUGAAGGAAGCAGAGGCUACCUCCUGA